AUGGAUGACCCUCAAUACUCUGGGGUCAAGCCACUUUUAGGCGACAUAUGCCUGACGCUUGCGUCUCGAGGAGACGGGACCUUCCACUGGACAAUCACGCUUCCGCACGACGAAAACGCCGGUCUGAAGCUUCAUGCUUCAAAUAAGCAAGGUCCUUGGCGUUUUCUCGCCGAAGAGUACACCUACAAGAGUACUCCUGAGCUUUGCAUAAUUAUGAAGAUCGGACACCUGGGGUCCCAUACUCCGGAGUCCGUCAAGCGUAUGGUCGAGGCACUGCCGAUGGACGUGCUUGAGCCGUUCGCUGCAAAGGAGCCCAGAUUUACGUGCAGAGUUUGGGUCAAGCAGGCGAUAGUACUGCUCAACGAAAAUGACGUCCUCCAUGUCGAUGUAGAGGACGUGGAGAAAGCUGCUUGGGCUUCGGGCGCGGAGCAUGACCCAAAGACUAUUACCGGAGCUCCUUACAUGUUCUGUGUCUAUGCUAACUGA